AUGACUCUCGGAGAGUCUUCUUCUUCUUCUUUGGAUAGGAAACAACGAGCGGAGGAAGACAAACACACCAAUAAUCAUCCACAAGUGGUACAACAUUCAUCAUCAUUAUUGUGGAUGAAUCGGAGAGAGUCUAUAAAUAUAGAUUUCAUGAGUCCGAAAAUUGAAUUAUGUCAUGUACAACAAGACUCUCCCGAAUAUUCUCUGUAUCGGAAAUGUGGUAGAAUCAUCAUUGCGAAACAAGAUAUUGAUGCUGGAGAAAUUUUACUAAUUGAAAAAGCCUAUGCAAGUGUUUUGCAUCAAUCUGAUAUUCAUUUUAAUUCGCACCGGUUUUGUGUGGUUUGCCAAAAAAAGAAGCGAAAUGAUGAUCUUGUGAUAAAUGCAACACAUCAUGAUGCGUUUGAAAAUUCUAUCAAUGAGGAUAAAAAUUGUAAAAAUUAUCGUCACAAUCAUUUUCGAAAGAGUAGGAGGAAAAUUAUAGAUGAAAAUUUGAAAGAUGACAGCACAGACGAUGAGAGAGAUUGGAUGAUUUGUGACGAUAUUAAUUGUGAAAUUUUAAGAAAGAAAAUAUAUCGAGAAAAUGAAGUGGUUGACAAUGAAAAUCAUUUACUAAAUUACGGUGACGACAAUUGUGAUGGAUGUGUGUAUUGUUUUCUGACACGGAUUGCAGAGGAAUGCGGCGUUGAAUUUUCUCUAUUACUCCUCGUGUAUAGAAUUUGCAGAAAAAUUGAAUUCGACUCCAAUGACGAGAAUUGUCACAGCAAUCUCUACGAUAGAGCCAAAAUGGAAAAUCUCAUGUCUCUUCAAACACACAAGGAUGAAAUUUAUCCUGAACAUUUAUUUCUAUUCCGAAAAACCUCUGAAAGGUUAAAAGAAACUCUGUUCAAAAAUAACGAAUUGAUUGAUACAGAAUUACUUAUUGAUACCUUUUGUAGAAUAUUUGUCAAUGCACACAGCAUUACUCAUACGAGAUGGUGGUGGAACUCUUCAACCAUGAUCACCAAAAAUUCCACAACCAAUUCCUCUCUCAACAUUAACAAUUUCUUCACUCAACAUAUUCAUGCACCCAACACUGUAUAUUCCCCAUUUUUUAUUCCAAAGUCACAUUCAGAUCGAGAAGAUCAUACUGAAAAUAGUUGCGCCGAUUUUAGAGAUAUUGGAACUGGAUUAUUUCCCAUGGUCUCCAUGUUUGAUCACUCUUGCUCGCCAAAUUGCUCAUUUCAAACCUUUGAUGACUUGAAAUCUAACAUGUCCUAUUCUGGAAACGUUAUUUAUGUACAAACUGUUAAAAAAGUGAAAAAGGGAGAAGAGCUCUGUAUUAGCUACAUUGAUAUUAUGAAUCCAACUAGUAUUCGAAGAAGAGAGUUGUGGUACUCUAAAUAUUUUGUUUGUAAAUGUUCGAGAUGUAUGAGUGACACGGAAGAAGAGCGAUACGUGAGAGCCUACAAGUACCACCAUUCAACAACACGUGCUGUAAAAGAAUUCGAGACCUCAUUGACAUCUGAUGUCAUGUCUCAAGUUCAAUGUGAUGGCUAUCUCGUUCCUGUUUAUCAAUGCAACACGCUAGGUGGAGAAAUGAAAGCAGAUAUUCGAGAAUUUCAACCAAAAAAUAAUGUGAAUUCAGAAACUGACUUUAAUAUUGAACAUUUUGACGAAGAAGAUUACGAUAAGGCACUUGCCAUGUUUGAAGAUAUUUAUGAAAAUCCUCCAUACGAAGAAAAUUCAGAAUUGGAGAGCACACAAAGCAGCACAUUUCAUCAUGAUCAACGAGAAAUUGAUGAAGAAUUUAUUCAAAAAGUGUCGUAUUGGAAAUGUUCGAAAUGUGACUGUAAAAUUGAUGGCUCUUCUCAGAAGGGUGAAGCAUUUGUUGAGUUUGAGAGAAAUCUUAAUCAAGACAUUUUGUUAUUGGAUAAAAAAAUUUCUGAGGAUAAUCUUCCAGUGCAGAAUUUGCCAAAGAGUGAGUUGUGUGAAAUUAUUUUGGGUGUUAUUUGGGAAUUGGAGAGUUUAAUUCAAUUAUUGACAUUCAAGGAGGAAGAAGAAUUAAGAAAUUGCACAAAUGUCAAAUCCAAUUUUCUUCAAGACCAUUCGAAAGAAAACACACAAAAUCAUUGUGAUCAACGAAUAUGGCCCCACUCCAACCACUACCUUCUCUUCCAACUGAAAGGAAAAUAUAUUUCCAUGCUGAUAAAAUUGUUCGAAAAAGGAUGCUUGUUGCAUGAAGAAGACAAAGAAGCAACAAAGCUUUCAGAGAAGCAUGUUCACAUGAUUCGGACAGGCUAUAACUAUCUCUCUGACAUGAUGCACAGUGUCAAGAGUGUAUUUCCAACCUAUCAUACAGAAAUCAUGCUCUUUUACUGCAAAAUGCUGAAAUAUUUGAUAUGGAUGAAAGAGAAUGACCUAGUUUCUCCCACCACGGAUACAACUUCGAGAGGAGAAGAGAUGAAUGAGCAAUACCUUCUCAGAGCUCUCACCGACCAAUACAACGUGAUUGUCAAGUAG